UUAUUUUUUUUAUAAAAUUUUCGUACAUGUAUUUCUUAGUCUUUGUGGGAACAAAGCUUACAAUUAACAAACACAUGAAGAAGUAGGAAGUUUCCAUAUAUGGAUUCCAAAUCCUCCUCGAAUCUAACUUGGAGAGAGAGCUCCUAUAUAUGUCUCUCUAUAUAGAUGCACACCCCCAAAACCACCCAUUCUUGUUUGUUUUCUAUCAAGCAGUCAAGUUUUGUAGUUGAGAAAAGUGGAGUCUGGUUGUAGCAUAAUAAUCCACUUCUAAUUACAAUCCGUCAAAUACCAUAAUGUGAUCAUCAUUGGAGAAGAAGAUGCUGAUACUGAGGAACUCUGAUGGAGAGGAAUUCAUCGUACCAGAGGUGAUUGCAGUGACUAUAAAAAACAUGAUGGAAGAUGAAUGUGCCUCUAACACAAUUCCAGUGCCUAAUGUCGAUGCCAAUAUACUCGCGAUGGUGAUUGAAUUCUGUAAGAAGCAUGCUGAAUCUGAAGCUGAAGCAGCCAGUGAUCUCAAAACGUUGGACUCUGAGUUUGCAAAUAGAGGUCAGGAAGCUCUUUACGAUCUGAUAACGGCAGCCAACUUUCUCGAUGUGAAGGAAUUGCUGGAUGCACUGUGCCAGAAUGUGGCGGAAAUGAUCAAAGGAAAGUCGGUUCACCAGAUUCGCAUCCAAUUUCUGGGUUACCAACUUUUGAGAUACUCACAUCCAAUUUUAUUUGGAAUAUUUGGUGUGACAGAGAUUUUGAUUAAGCAUAUAGUACAAAUUGUGUGUUUAUUUAUUGACAGAGAGGGUUGAAAUAAGAUUCUCAUUAACUUUCUAGGGUUGAACCAGACCAUAUUAUGAACCGAUUGACACAUUCAUCCAUUCAAUCCAAAUUUUAGAACUUAAAUUAAUUUCCUUAAAAAACUAAAAAUUAAUUUAAUAAAAAUAAUACUAAAAAGAUGUUUCGAAUUUUCAAAAUCCAUUUUUCCACAAAAGAAAGAAAAUAAUUUAAAAAUGACAAGUGCUUUUUCCAUCUUUCAUUAAUUUUUUCUCUCACCAAAUUAGUAUUAAAUGUUUUUAAAAAAUAGAUUCCGAAAUCAAAAAUUGAACAGAGUGAUUACAUUUGGUAUAGGAACCGAAUUAGUGUAACCAAUCAAUAGGACAAC